AUGGCGGCGUCGGAAGUGGUUGUGGCUGCUGGGACGUCGGGUUCGUACAAGGGGAUGUCAUCUGAAAACAUUAAGGGGUUGGUGCUGGCAAUGUCGUCCAGCGUCUUCAUUGGUGCCAGUUUCAUCGUUAAGAAAAAGGGAUUAAAGAAAGCUGGCGCCUCUGGCAUUAGGGCAGGGGUUGGAGGAUAUUCAUACCUAUACGAGCCACUGUGGUGGGUGGGCAUGAUAACAAUGGUUGUUGGAGAAAUUGCCAAUUUUGCAGCUUAUGCAUUUGCACCUGCCAUUCUGGUCACUCCUCUUGGUGCUCUCAGCAUUAUUAUCAGCGCUGUACUUGCUCACAUUAUUUUACGAGAGAAGCUACACAUUUUUGGAAUUCUUGGUUGUGCUCUAUGCGUUGUGGGUUCCACCACAAUUGUUCUACAUGCUCCACAGGAGCGUGAGAUUGAAUCUGUAAAAGAAGUAUGGGAUCUUGCUACUGAGCCAGCUUUUCUCUUUUAUGCAGCUCUGGUGAUAGCUGUUGUGUUAGUCCUAAUAUUUCACUAUGUCCCACGAUAUGGACAGACGCAUAUAAUGUUCUACAUCGGUGUUUGUUCACUAGUUGGUUCUUUAACGGUCAUGAGUGUCAAAGCACUAGGAAUUGCAUUGAAGGUAACAUUAUCGGGAAUGAACCAGCUGAUUUAUCCCCAGACAUGGACCUUUGCCUUGGUUGUCACUGUUUGUGUGCUUACCCAAAUGAAUUAUUUGAACAAGGCUCUUGACACAUUCAACACUGCUGUUGUUUCACCGAUUUACUAUGUUAUGUUUACAUCCUUGACUAUAUUGGCAAGUGUGAUCAUGUUCAAGGACUGGGAUAGACAGAAUCCUACCCAGAUUGUCACCGAAAUGUGUGGGUUUGUGACGAUCCUUUCUGGAACCUUUCUCCUUCACAAAACGAAAGACAUGGCUGAUGGUUCGGUUGUGCAUUUGCGACUUCCCAAGCAUGGUGAUGAGGAACAUGGUUUUGGUCAAGAAGGACGCUCCAUACAUGACAACUUGUUAUCUAUUGUCGAUGGUGUUUUGCGGGAACAUAUAGGCUAUUCCGAUUCUAUGAGCAUCACCGAAGGAGGAAACUAUGAAGCAUUGGUGGAUCUACGCUUGGAAGAUAACUAUGACCCAUAG